GAGGCUUUUUAAACACGUGAUGCGUUAGGCCAAGACACUUUUCGUUAGGGUUUAGUGGUUUACGGUGCUCAAAAUAGCCUCACGUCUUCCCGACUUCUUUGAUCACCGACCCUCCACCCUUGACGACUCACCUCCGGCGACAUCUCCGGCCUCCACGAAUCUAUCUCCGGCGAAAGGGCGAAUCCCACUGCUCCAUUUCCAUCUCCAUCUCGACUCGGCCAUUUAGUCUCAGAACAUAUUGUAGAGAUGUCGUGGAGAGGAAGGGGACGUGGGCGAGGUGGUUUUGGUGGUGGUUUUGUUCGUUUUGCAAAAGAAGAGAAGUACGAAGUAUUUCCUGAAAUCACAGACCUCCCUGAUGUCAAUCUUAAGCAAAAAAAAGACGAUUACUGGACUUUAGUAUCAUCAGCUGAUAAUCUGAAAAAGUUUUGGAAUUCAUCUCCUUAUUAUUUGGAGGAUCUGAGUGAAAGUGGUAAAAAAAGUAUUAAUAGAAGGCCUCCACUUUCAGACUAUAUGAUGCUGACUACAGACUAUGUUCCAGCAGAACUAGUUGGAAAGAAUGUGAGACCUAUGAAGAAGAAAAAGACCCAAUGGGAUCUACAGUCAGACCUACAGAGAUUGGAUUUAUUUGAGAAGCUUGACCUGAGGCCUCAGAAUGAAGAUGAGGAAAAGAAAGACGAUGAAGAAGAGGAUGAAGACAUUGAAAAUAUGGAAGAAGAAGAAGAUGACAGCCAAGAUGAUUAUGCACUUGGCCGGGAUUAUGAUGAUGAUGAAGAUGAUUUCAACAUGAAUGAUGAUCAUGCUGAUGAUGAGGGUUGCUACUAGGAAAUGCUGCUUACCCAUUAAUUUUGUAACUACUUUUUUUUUGACUUAAUGACUUAGUGGGGAUAUGACUUAAUCUAGUAAGGUAAACUGUGAAAUGUCAUGGUCUACUUGACUCCUAUGCAAUGCUUAUGCUUAUAAACCUUUUGACCAGUAAAAUAGAGUUGCUGUGGUAUGGAACAAGUGGGAAGUGAAAAUGUGAAUAAUUUGAAUUCUAGAAGCCUAGUGAAGAUUAAAAUUGAAAUUUA